AUGGCCUGUUCAAACAAUAAACCUGUAGAUAUACAAAAAUCAUUAAAAUGGCAAAAGCGACAAGUACCAUAUACUUGGAGUGAACCAAAUAGAUUGAGAACGAUUCGUCAUCGUACAUUUUCUUGUUGGCCUCAUCCAGUAUCAUUUCGUUCUCGAAUGAUUGAUGCUGGAUUUUUUGGUUGUAAUAUUGAUGAUCGAGUUAUUUGUAUUUAUUGUGGUCUCAUAUGUCAUCAAUGGAAUAUUGAAAUAGAUGAUCCAUAUGAAGUACACAAAAUAUUUUCACCGAAUUGUUUAUGUGUCAAAUCUUUAUCUCAUUGUAAUUCUUUACAACAAAACAACAUUGGAUCUACAAUACCGAGUUACAUUGAUUAUGCUGACCCUAAAAAACGUUUAGCAUCAUUUUCUACUUGGUCUAAACAAGGAUUUCCAUCGAUAGACAAACUUAUUGAUGCAGGUUUCUUCUACAAUGGUUCUAAAAUAAUUUGUUUCUAUUGUAAUGGUUCAUUCGAUAAUUGGGAAUUAAAUAAUCAUCCAAUUGCUGAACAUGUACGAUGGUUUUCACAUUGUAAUUAUGCUAGACAAUUAUGUGGUGAAGAAUUAUAUCAUAAAAUUCAACGUGCAACAGAACAUAUGUCAGAAAAUGUUAAAACUAGUGAAUUUAAAAAUGAUCAUCAUCGAUUGAGUAUGCUGGAUGAUACAACACUCUUAAGACUCACUGCUGAUUGUCUUGAUUUACCUAUUUCGAAACAAUUAAUAGAAGUAAAUAAAUUCGAACGAUCAAUCGUUGAACGUUGUUGGAGAAAUCAACUUCGACAUAGAUACGAUGAUUUGAUCGAUGCCUGUGAUUUAUUGAUUGGAUGUGAAAUUAUCAAAAAACAGAUUGAGCAUAUCGAGAUCGAGAAGAAAGAUAUUAUUAUUCCAAGUAUUGUAUUGAAAGAGAUUUAUGAGAACAAACAACGAUCUUUCAAUGAUAAACAUUCAUCAUUGUCUUACUUAUUGAAUAAUACAUCCCAAUCAUAUGCUGAUAUAUUAAAAUCAUUUGACGAUGAUCUUCAAAAUUACAAAAUAAGUCGACAAAACUUAGGUGAUCAAUUUACUGAACAACUAAAUGUAACUAUUGAACGAGAACGAUCACUAAAAAAUUGGUCAUGCAUUAAACCAUCACCAGAUGAUAUGACUAAAGGAGGUUGGAUAAUAUAUGCAGAAGAAGAUUAUUCAAUGUGUCCUCAUUGUCAUAUAUGUUAUUACGAUUGGAAACCAAAUGAUAAUCCUUUAGUUAUUCACAAAUAUCUUUCACCAUUGUGUUUAUUUGUUCUUGCACUCAAUCCAUUUCAUUCCAAUUCAAUACCCAUAAGAACAAUUAGAGAAAAUUUCACAGAUGAAGAUAUUAUAAAUGCCGAAUCACAACCAUAUGAUGGUCUUGUUCAAUCGAAACAUGAAUCUUUUUUCAUGGUGUCUCAAAGACAACUUUCAUUUGAAAAUUUUCCUGGCGGAUGUCCAGUCAAUGCUCAUGAACUAGCAAAAUCUGGCUGCAUACCUGCUGUCCAUCGCCGUAAACGAUCUCAUCCAUAUCUCACAGAUCUACAUUGUCUUUUACCAUGUCGUUAUGCUAGGCAAUUGAACGAUAUUGACCCACAAUUACCGAUCAGACAAGUGUCUCAUAAAUGUAUAUGGUGUAGGGUUGAAGAAAAAAAACUUAUGGCUUUACCAUGUCGCCAUUUUUGUUUAUGUGAGUCAUGUGGUCGAAUUAAACGCUUAUGUCCAGUUUGCCAAACAAAUGUAACUGCAUAUGCUAUUGUCUAUUCAGCUUAA